AGAUAACGUUCCGGUGAUCCGCGAGUAGUUCGUUGCAUAAAUUCAUCCAGUCAAGAUGGGCAGUUCGGUGAAAGCAGUGAUAAUUUUCUUGUUUUGCGUCUGCGUUUCGUUGGAUGUUACUCAUGCUGCGGGACAACAACUACAGCUGAAGAUUAUUGAGAAUAUUCUAACCAAUUACAGCAGUUCCGUUUGGCCAAAAAAUGAAACCGAUGAGCCCGUUUCCUACACAAUGGAGCUGCAAAUCAAAGAAUAUGAUGUGAAUACAAAUGCAUACGAGUUCAUGACGUUGGGAAUGAAAUCAUAUUUCAUAUCGACUUGGAAAGAUCACAGGUUGACAUGGAAUCCAGCCGACUUUGGCCAAGUGGAGUUUAUCUUCAUGAAGCCAGAUAAAAUCUGGCAGCCCAAAUUCGUUUCCCAACUGAAAAUUGAAGAUUUGUGGGUGAGAUGCUAUGUUUCAAGAUGUAUUAUUAAUCACGUUGGAAAGGUGACAUGUGAGCAGCAUUGCGUUUUCAAUGUUAAUUGCAAUGAACAAACCGAGCGUUGGCCAUUCGAAACAAUAUAUUGUAGCAUUCAAAUGGGUUCCUGGGAUUAUUUAGAAAUGGAAUCGUAUAUCUCUGGGCUGGAGGCUAAAUUGGUGAAGAAGACUUCCGACUACAAAGGUCAUUGGAGGAUCAUUUCCAUACAGAGUUCUAUAAAAAGGCGUCGUUCUCAAUUCCACAACAAAUUAUACCCAGUGGCGUCCAUAGCAUUUUCCUUAACAACACGGAAUGGAUUUUACUUCAUCAUGCUGACUAUUCCUGCCCUAUGUGUGGCAGCGCUCAAUCUGUUGGCUCUUACGAUGCCAAUAAAGAACAAUAUGCGAUAUGCAGUGCUUCUGGGAAACUUGCUUAUACAUUUCCAAUAUUUUCAAUAUUUAGUGUACCUUUUGCCGAGAUCACCUCCAGUAAUUCCUUCAAUAGUUGCGUAUUUCCGGGACUCAAUCGUUGUUACCGUAUUUAUGCUGGUAGUGAUAACAAUUUCCAAAAAAAUGAACUCCAAUCAAUAUCCACUUCCAAGACUGGUCGAUUCGGUAAUAAGCAUUUUGGAUGCAAUCCCGUACAGCGAUUGGAUUUUGCCGGCUGAAGACAAAAUCUCUGUCCAGCCCUUGCACGAGAUCCAUUCGGCGGAUGAAACUGGCCUAGUGGCCUCAAAUCCAGUGGCUCAGAUGUACGCCAAGCAGUGGAAUCGUUUCUGUUUGAUCCUGGAGCGAUUGAUUCUGGUUAUUACGGCAUCCGUCUAUCUAAUCAUGAUAUUAUCGAUGGUUCCUUCCAAAACUUGGGAUCAUGACGAGGAUUCGUUGCGUUAUGUUGAUCCAGAAUAAUAAAGCAGUUGAUGAUGAAUGGAA